AUGCCAUCACAAGAAGAAGCACUACUCAAGUCCAUGAAGGACAAUGAAGAAGAAGAAAGAGAGUAUGAGGAACAAUUGAAUGAUGAAGAUGAAGAGCAGAGCAUCGACAUCAAUGCUUCCCCAAAACAGAGCAUGGAUACACCAAGCCCUAGAGACCCUCGUUUCUCACCAAGAAGUCAAGCUUCUACACUUCCAAGAUUGGAAGCAAUGCAAAGACCAUCACCACCUACUGAAGAAGAAGAUACUUGGCAGUAUGAUCCCAUUGAUCCCAACAAGAUAAGCCCCAUGAAGCUUAAAGAGUUCAAUGCUAAGGUGAAAUCACUUCCAUUCUAUGUCACUUUUGAAGAAGCUUGGGAUAAACAUGGUCUAGUGGAGUUCUUUUUCACAACUAGUGAAAACAAAGAAGAGAUACACCAACUUUUCAGGAAGGCUCGAUUUCCCCUUGCCCCUCAUGCAGUCAAUCAACCACCAUCACCACCAUCUCACCACCACCCAAGUGGUAUGUCAAUUCCAUAUCAAGAGAGAAGCUUGCUGAGUUCAAUCAGUUUGUCCAAACUCUUCCAGCCAGCAUGUCCUUCCAAACAAGCUUGGCGCCACUACCCAUUCACCACCUUCUUCCACAACUGCAAGGAGACACCUGAAGACAUAAAGAGCUUUUUGAGAAAGCUAAAGUUCAGCCUACCUUCAAGACCCUCUACAAGAUUGAAGACCCAGGUCAAUUCUCUAUUCCCUGUCAAGUAA